CGUCGGGCCUUGCGGGGCGCCGUCGUUCGCUCUUCGCCGGCCGCCGCGAUGAUCCACGAGCUGCUGUUGGCGCUGCGCGGCUACACCGGAGGCCUCUUCGUCGCCGUUGGAGGCGGCGGCAGCGUCUGCCUGCAGGUGCCUCAGGAGCCGGUGCUGCCGCCCUUCCUUCACCCGAGCGAGGCCGCCCUCCUGGCCCGCGUCUGCCGCCUCGGCGCCUUCUACAUUCGCUUCAGCGACUUCGUCGAGCAGUUCGCAGCCGAGCACGUCCAACCGCCGCCCUCGCAAGGAGGCCCCUCGCAGGGCGGGCAGCAGCAGCAGCCUCCCCCCGGCGCCCCGUCAGCCCCUUCAGCAGCAGCAGCCCUGCCCGUGCAGCCGCAGGAUCUGCACCCCUCCCAGCAAGGGAUUUAUCUGCGGGCUUUCUGCACUGGGCUUGAUGCCGUGCUGCGUCCAUAUCGGCAGGCCCUGCUUGACUUGGAGCAGGAGUUCCUGGCCGAUCCUCACCUUACCAUCUCACAUGUCAAUUAUUCGCUGGAUCAAUUCCAGCUCCUUUUCCCCUCACUGAUGACUGUGGUGGAGCAAAUAAAGACCCAGAAGAUUCAUGGCUGUCAAAUCCUGGAGGUGGUUCACAGACACAGCCGAGGUGGCCUGCCGCCCGUGCGCCGUGCUUUGGAAAAGGUCUUGGCCAUGUGCCAUGCUGCCAUGUACAAGCAGCUCUCUGCCUGGAUGCUGCAUGGGCUGCUCCUGGACCAACAUGAGGAGUUCUUCAUCAAGCAAGGCCCUUCCUCGGGGUCUGUCCCUGCUCAGCCAGAAGAGGAGGAGGAGGACCUGGGGAUCGGAGGGCUGACGGGGAAACAGCUGCGAGAGCUGCAGGACAUGCGGCUGAUUGAAGAGGAGAACAUGUUGGCACCAUCCCCAAAGCAGUUCUCUCUGCGGAUUGAAAUGCUGCCAUCCUACAUCCCUGUGCGAGUUGCUGAGAAGAUCCUUUUUGUGGGAGAGUCUGUCCAGAUGUUUGAGAGUCAAAAUGUGAGCCUUACCAAAAAAGGCUCCAUCCUGAAGAACCAGGAGGACACCUUUGCAGCUGAGCUGCAUCGCCUCAAACAGCAGCCUCUCUUCAACCUGGUGGACUUUGAGACAGUGGUGGACUGGAUACGGAGCACUGUGGCGGAGCACUUGUGGAAGCUCAUGGUGGAAGAAUCAGAUUUAAUAGGACAACUGAAGAUUAUUAAAGAUUUUUAUCUCUUGGGGAGAGGAGAACUGUUUCAGGCCUUCAUUGACACUGCACAGCAGAUGCUGAAGACACCUCCCACUGCAGUGACAGAACAUGAUGUGAAUGUGGCCUUCCAGCAAUCUGCCCACAAAGUGCUGCUUGAUGAUGACAACCUGCUUCCUCUUCUUCACCUGACCAUCCACUAUUAUGGAAAGGAGCACCGAGAUGCCGCUCAAGCUCGAGAUACGCCUUCUCGGGAACUGUCUCCCCAUGAAUCCCCCGCAUCAGGCUGGGCUGCUCUGGGGCUCUCCUACAGAGUGCAGUGGCCCCUGCAUAUCCUCUUUACUCCUGCCGUCCUGGAAAAGUACAAUGUGGUCUUCAAGUACCUGCUAAGUGUGCGUCGAGUCCAGGCUGAGCUGCAGCACUGCUGGGCUCUACAGAUGUGGUGCAAGCGCCUGGAAUCCAACAGGACAGAUGCCAUCAAGUGGCAACUGCGCCAUCACAUGACUUUCCUUGUAGACAAUCUGCAGUACUACCUGCAGGUGGAUGUUCUGGAGUCUCAGUUCUCCCAACUUCUGCAGCAGAUCAACUCCACCCGUGACUUUGAGAGCAUUCGACUGGCACAUGAUCACUUCUUGAGCAAUCUCCUAGCACAGUCCUUCAUUCUGCUGAAACCAGCUUUCCACUGUCUGAAUGAAAUACUGGAUCUAUGCCACAGCUUCUGCUCACUUGUCAGCCAGAACCGGGGACCAUUGGAUGAGCGGGGGACGGCCCAGCUGAGCAUCCUGGCCAAGGGCUUCAGCUGUCAGUCUUCACUCCUUUUCAAGAUCCUUUCCAGUGUUCACAAUCACCAGAUCAAUUCAGACUUGGCUCAGUUGCUGUUACGUCUUGACUACAACAAAUACUAUACCCAGGCUGGAGGCACCUUGGGCAGUGUGGGAUUAGAAUAGACCACCAGUCUCACAAUGAAGGCCGUUGCCACCUUUUCUGGGAAGCAAACCUGCUCUGGUCAGGAUACAUGUUCUGACUUCUGGAGGGGAAGGUGCUGAGAGAUAUUGGGGCCUCAUCCUGGCACUCAGAAAGGACUCCGUCAGUGUGUGCUUCAUUAUAUGUGUCUCUAGUGCUGCUCUCCUUAUGCUGCAUGUUUUUCCGGAAGUGAAAGUGCUGCUUAGCAUUGACUUUGAAUUUUUUCAAAUGCUGCUGUCACUUGUCAGCGAAUUUGGCUCUUUCUACUGCUAGCACUGCAAGUAAGGCUGUGAGCAAAGGAGGUUCUCUCAUUGCCCUCGUCAUCCAGAAGCCACAUUGUGCAAAUCAGGGCGAGCGUUGACCUGCUCUUAAUGGAAAAGUGCGAUUAACUGCAGGAAAGUUGCUUUUUUGAAAAUGUAAUUUCGUGUCUCUAAAUACGGAAGCAGGGAGAAGAUACUGUAUAUUUCCAUUCUGGGCUGAGUCUGCCAAUGAAAGUGUUCUUUCUACUUUUUGUGUGUGGGGUUUGGUGCAGCUUCUUUUCCUCUCACUCACACAUUGAGGGAGAGGAGAAUAA